AUGAAUUUGAUAUUAUUCUUUGCUUUACUAGGAGUUACGAUUUUCAGCGGUAUUAAAGGUUUUCCCAACAACCAUUAUAAUCCGUAUGAUGAUUAUGGUGAUGAGUAUUACUAUGAUGAUUCAGAAAUGAUGUCCUUCGUGCCAACACAGAAACCAGUGUAUCCAAGAAAUAAACCAAGCGUGCCAACACAGAAACCAGUGUAUCCAAGAAAUAAACCAAGCGUGCCAACACAGAAACCAGUGUAUCCAAGAAAUAAACCAAGCGUGCCAACACAGAAACCAGUGUAUCCAAGAAAUAAACCAAGCGUGCCAACACAGAAACCAGUGUAUCCAAGAAAUAAACCAAGCGUGCCAACACAGAAACCAGUGUAUCCAGGAAAUAAACCAAGCGUGCCAACACAGAAACCAGUGUAUCCAGGAAAUAAACCAAGCGUGCCAACACAGAAACCAGUGUAUCCAAGAAAUAAACCAAGCGUGCCAACACAGAAACCAGUUCAGUCAGUGAAUAAGAACCAUUGGUUCGAGGAAAUAUUCAUGAACGAAAAGCCUUACAUUCCUCUUUGGUUGAUCAGUCCGUUUUACUACUUUCAACAGACUUAUUUGUCGGUGUUUUUUCGCCUACUUAAAGAACUCCUUCGGCAAUAAGCCAUGACUUUUAAAAAGUUCUAAAAGUCGGUGAAGAUACCUUCUAAAUGUUCUUGGAAGCUACAAACAUUACGUUUUAUUGUACUUUGCUGCUAUAAAAAUUAAAAAUAUACGCUUUUGCUC